CCCACCCAUUUGCUGAUCUCGGCCCAGCCUUGCCGUUGCCCAUUGGGGGCUGAAUGCCCAAGGUGACUUAUCUUGCUGAAUGCUGCACGGAAUUUCGAGCAAUGCUGCGUGGCUGCUACACUGCACUACUCGGUACACACAUGCAGGAUGGACUUCAUUGUGGCAUCGUUGGCGUUGACAGCGCCGUUGAGGACCGGCACCGGCACCGGCACCGGAGACAUGCAGGGUUCAAGGCCGACCGAAGCACCUCUGUUCAGGAACUCGACGGCAUCUAGUGCACUACAACCUGCUACUACUAUCAAUGCCACACUGCCCUUGACCUCCAAUGCUGCAAACAUCACAUCGUCGCCGUCUCUCCGCCUCGCCAGCUCCAAUACCACUCGAGCUCCAGAUCUCAACAAUGCAACCGAGUGCUGGUCUUACUCCUGGUCCUACUCGCUGGCUUCAGAUGAAUGGGAUCGUUCCCACCAAGAAACCUCGUGGAUAGUUUCUACCUCCACGUUCACAAUCGCAACUGGCUACCCUCCUCUGCCAACCGUGACCGGAAACGCCAGCGUAGGUAAUCUCAGUUGGACCACCUAUUGCGAUGGCCUACCACGCUUCACAGACGCGGAAGAGGCAUCCAAACUUCAAGUCAUUACAUUGCCGACCCCCAUCGUGACAAGCACUGUCCGUACCCGUCUGAGCAGAGGGCGCGUGACGGAACCCAAUCCAUAUCCACGGGGGAGUGCGCCGUCCUGCAAGGUCAACGGUACCUCGGAGUGCACCAACAUUUGGAACAUGUUUGCCACUACAUUGCUGGGCAGCUUGUCGACCUGGUCAUCCAAGAACAUUUUGACAAUCUCUGUGCCUGCGACGCCCACAGCCGUGGUCGUCAACGGCCAGUCCACGCCAUUGAUCACUGCAGCACCAGGUCAGCUGCCACCUUUGCCCAUCUUGAGUAGUACAUAUCUACCCCGGGACGGCCAUGCCGGCAGUGCCUGGUACAUCGGCGAUGCAUUCAACUAUAUCGGAGAAACAGCCAUUGCUCCUGGGCAACAAGUGACCUUCACGUUCAAUGUCUGGGAAACAACCCAAAAACCUUUUGGUCCCAGUUGCGACGACGGUCUACCAAGUACGCCGGAUCUAGAGCUAUGCGCAAAGACCAGGCAGUGCACCAUACGAGCAAAGAGUGUUGAGCUGCUUUACUUUCCUCCGCCCAGCAGCUCAAGCGACUUGUGUGCCAACACCAGCCCAGGCUACAACAGUUACUCGCAAAGUAUUUACUCUCAACCUCAUCAGAGCGCUGUGGUCAACGGCACCACUUUCUGGGCCGACAAAGCCUACGUGCGUUACAACACAGUCUCCGCAUAUAGGUGGUGCGAUUAUAGAAGUGGAAUCGGAGAGACAUCAGUGCCUUUUGGCAAUACAUAUACAGACGCUUACGUCGAAGUCGAAUCACGCGAUAUAUCCACCAUGUGCGGGUGGCAAAUGGGUUUGGCAGGGCUAGUUGUUGCUGCCACACCUCAUCCGAUGAACUUCGCCGAUCUGUCGGGGCCUGUGCCAAGCAGUGCCUAUAAUUGUUUGUCAGUGUGCGAUCUUCAGGGUGGAUGUGACUCCAUCGUGCAGACUCUCUUCCAACCCAACUUGGCUGUACCACCCCAAGUCAGGGGCCUGGAUCCAGAGUGGGCUGAUUGCGUUCCCUACUUUGAGGGUACCCAAGAUCCGCCCAUUGCACUGACUGCCAUUCCCGACUUCCUUACUUCCACGCCUGUUUCCCCGCCUGCGCCGGGUAGCACACCCACAAAUGGCCAACCUGGUCCUAGCAGUGGUCCAAAUACUGCUGAACCCACACGACCUGCUGAUCCCCCUUCAGACCCGCCUUCUGGUUCGCCUUCUAAUCCGCCAAACAACCCACCCAACAACAGUCCACCCAAUAACAACCCGCCUAACAAUGGGCCUUCCAAUCAGCCUGGCGGGAACACGGGAUCACCUACGGGCUCGCCCCCUCAAGGCUCCAACUCUCCUGCUGAUCCGUCUGGGGGUACAGGAACUACCCCAGGCUCGCCACCUCAAGACCCCUCAAACAACAAUCCUACCAAUCCUGGCGGCAGCAAUCCCGGUGGAAGCAAUCCCGGUGGAAGCAAUCCCGGUGGAAGCAAUCCCGGUGGAAGCAAUCCCGGUGGAAGCAAUCCCGGUGGAAGCAAUCCCGGUGGAAGCAAUCCCGGUGGUGGAAGCAAUCCCGGUGGUGGAAGCAAUCCUGGUGGCAGCAGUCCUGGUGGAAGCAAUCCCGGAGGAGGUAAUGGCGGUGGAAACAGACCCGUCACCACCAUAACACCUCAGCCCAUCAACAUCGACCCCACUCAGUCCGUUGAAACAGAAGCGCAAGCAACAGGCACGAAUUCAGAUUCAGGCCGUAGUGGUCUGACAGUGGGAACUCCAACAACCAUCAACGGAAUACCAGUGACGGUCCAACCGGAUGGAAGUAUUUCCGUCACCGAUCCAAACGGUAACCAACAAACCGUUCGACCGGGGCAGAACCAAAUUUCCGUCAACGGACACACCGUCUUCGUAUCUCCGUUUGGAGACAAGCUAGUCGUGGAUGGCCAAGUGCACAGUAUCUCGCAACAACAGUCUUCCACCGUGCGUGUCGCCGAUAUCCCAAUGAUAUUGAAUCCAGAUGGCACCAUUGCUGUUAUUGCGGGCGGAGUACGACAAACGCUGCAGGUGGGCGGCCCGGCAAUCACCGUCAACGGUCGCACUAUUUCCCUGGCUCCGAACGGACAGAUGAUUGUCGAUGGCAAAACUUACACGUGGGACACCACGCCCGACUCAUCUGGGAACAUCUACGUCACCGGCCCUGAUGGCUCGAAAACGGCUAUCGCACUUUCACCUACAUCGAGCGGUUCCGGUGGAUCGCCGGGCGGAUCGAAGAAUGUAGCUCAAGCUACAGCAACCUCAUCUUCGAAAAGUGGGGCCGGUGAGGGAGACUCGGAGGAUUCGCAAACGGGCGGUUCAUCCAGGACGAAUGGAGUGACGCCGACAGGCAGCAGCGAAGGACCUGGAUCUACGGAUUCGUCUUCUAGCACGACUGGAGCAGCCUCUAGUUUGAGGUUAGUCGAUGGUUGGAUCGUCUGUAGUUCUGUUCUGGCGGCGAUGGUGAUGAUGAUGAGAUGAUCCUAGAAGUAACGUUUAAUGCAUAAUUGUCGACGUCAAAACUAUCCUUAAUUCAACGCAACAAAAUGCCUAGUUCACAAUAAAAUGAAAUAGUACUUGUUAUAUUGCAUUCAAGAGAUUAACUUUACAUAUAACUCUUUUUCUUUAAAUGUAAAAGUUCUACUGUUUUAAGCUCUAUGUAAAUUCCAAUAUACAAUCCUUUAGAGUCUCUAUUGAAGAUAUCUCGCUGAAAAUAAGAUGGGAAGUUAUAAGCUGUUCUUCUGCUCUUUAAUUGUGUUUGGCUGCCUUAGUUAUACAGAACAUCUGUCUCCCUAUAAGUAAAAAAAAAUUACAUGAUAUAUACAGUUCUAUUCAAUACCCUCUCCCCUCGAUUAUGCCACAAAGAUGUUGAUGAUGACGGAUACCCAACUAACGCUAGCCUGCAAAGAAGAGAAACGAUGUUCCACUAUCCCCCCACCAUGCCCCCGCCGCUCCAUCUUUCCCCCUAGUAAAGCCCACCAUGCUUCUGUUCUAGCGAAUGCUGCAUGUACGUAUCGUUGUCCCCCUCAUUCCGCCGCUUUAUAAGAACAAAAGUUAAUCGAAAUUUCAUCAAAACCACAUCAUCCGCCUCCAACAAGGCGCUUCAA